AUGAUGCUGCGCUAUUCGAUCUAUGCACUAGCUUUGCUUCUGAUUGUUACCUCUCUAUGUGGGGGGACUGUAGAGGCUCAGGAUGCAGGUGAUAAUCGUGUUCUUGAUACUGAAUCUAAAACUAAACUUCUUUCUCAGAUAGAGGAAAAGAUUGAACCUCCCCCUCCUGGUAAACCUGGGCCUCAGGGUCCUGCUGGUAAAGAAGGUCCUCCUGUUACUUGUCCUUCUGUUGCUGACGGUGCUACUGUCGGUAGUUGUCCUCCUGCUGCUGAUAAAAUUCCUGGUGUUGGUGUGCCUGGUCCAGCAAUUGCAGGCCCUGGUGGUCCUUCUGGUGGGAGUUCAGGUUCGAGUUCAUCCAGUUUAAAUUCCCAUCUUCCAGAACUUGGUGAUCCUCAAACAAGGAAUGUAAACGAACGCGAUCCACAAAGUGAAGACAACGAUGGAUCUUCGUUAGAGAAUAAAUCACAAGGGCAAGGUGAGAGGGAAACACAGACACAAGAAGUAAAUACUCAUAAUGACCUAUCACAAUCAUCCAGUAAAGACGGUGAAAGUGAGUCUUCUGCAUUGCAAGACACUGCUUCGAAACAAGAGCAACAGGCGCCAGUAAACACAGUGAACUCUCAAUCACAAACGCAGUCAAAUGAGACACAAACUGCACAGACCACGCACACAACAGAAGAAGCACCUUCUGCUCCCACAUCCCAUAAUACAGAUAACGCUUCCACCAAGAAUCCAUCUACAGAUAUUACCCAUAACAAUCACUCUGAUAAUGGAACU